CAUGCGCGAAUUUAAGUUAGUAAAAAUUUGUCGUGCCAGGAAGACGCGUGUCAGUCAUCAGUGUUUAUCCUGAUCAUACAAAAUUAUUAAACUCUCGUGUUCCACGAUCAUCAAACUCUGCGAAAAUAGUCGAUCCACAAAAAACAAAUAGAUAUAAAGAAAACAGUAAAACGUCCUAGAAGAAAGACAAACAAAUAAGUUUGACAUUGGGAAUUGCUCGAAGGCAUAGGUGGAUUGUAACGAAGACAGCUUAAAAGAGUAAAAGAACGGUCAAGGAAAACAGAACAAGAAACGCAGGAGAACUGAGAAAGGUAAAAAGAUAGAGGAGGGUGAACGAUUAGCGAGGUGACGAACGAGAGCAAAAGAGAAAAGAAAGGACGGCCGUGGCGUACGCGCAGCACGAGCUGCGCACGGUACGCCAGAAAAACAAAAACCCGGCAAUGAGAAGAAGCCGGGCUUAGUUAGCAGAGGAAAGUAAAUCGAUGGAGAGAAAAAAGGAAGAAAGAAAAGAAGCAUUACGGAACCCGUGCAGGGAGAUAGAACGACCCCGGCGAUCAUCGACAAAGAGGGACAAUCGUCUAAAAGAGGACGGAAAGUAGGUGUUUUAUCGUGGCAUACGCUCUGCACGAGCUGCUCACCGUAUAACAGACAGAGAAGAAAAUGUUAGGUAGAAAGAAAUCGGAUGAAUAAGGACAGCGAAUGAAGAAAAGGAUAAAGAUCGUUGGAGAACCGUGUUAAUAAUUCGUAGGAGCAAGAUGGAAUAUUUCUGAGACGGAGAACGAAGAAAAAGGAGGAGAAUAUUGGUACUUGGCGGCGCACGCGCAGCACGAGCUGCGCACGGUACUAUAGAAAAAGAUGCAGACACGAUAAAAGGAACAAGGAAAGCGGAAGGAGGAUAGAAAGUAUGCCGAAAGCCAAGAAGCCGGUAGAGGAAGUAGCAUCAACAUAGAGGGAGCAAGAGAGAAAGGAAAGGGUGCUCGUUCCUGGCGUACGCGCAGCACGAGCUGCGCACGGUAGCACUUGGCGCAUGCGCGGCACAUGCCUGUACUCCGAUCAGAGAAACGAGUGCGAGUGAAGCACGUGGUGAGAUUGCACAGGAGGAGAAAGGAAGUUGCCUCGGCAUCGAGAAGCAACAAAGGACGGAGAACGUCGUGUGUUGAAGGAGAAUACCGAGCCGUCACGACUGCUGUUGAAAAAAGUAGCCGCUCAAGUCCGUCCGCAGAAUGCUGACAGCUGCCGUUUACAUAAUUUAAAUAGAUGUUACAGAUUGUCCAGGAUGGACGUAAUCGCCUACAAUCACCAUCACGAGAUCGCGAGCGUCGAAUACAGUAUCGAUGACGGUGACGCCGAGAGUCAGAACGAGGACGACGACGAGGAAAUUCCUUCGUACAUCGACAUCGACCAGCUGGUUCUACCUGUAGACCAGUUGUUCAUGAACAAUGGCGAUAAGACUGGCAAUACACCACUCAGGAAAAGCUUAUUCUCCAAUGUGGCGCCGUACAUCGUGUUCCAGUCGUUCGACAGCAUGGGACCAAUAAUGCCCUACGAAGUAACCAAAUACCUGAAGUGGCAUCUCAGCACGAUCACACCACUAAUCGUACGUCAUACCUUGACCAACUCAGGUUUUCAUCUGAUGAAAAUAUGCCAGGAGUGGUGUGGAACUUGGGGCAAGCACAUGAAGUCGUCGUGCUUCAAGGCACUGAAGGAGUCGCAGAAGAUCAACCACUUCCCAGGCACCUUCCAGAUCGGCCGAAAGGAUUGCCUGUGGUUAAAUCUGAGCAAGAUGAUGCUGAAACACGGGGCGCAAGAGUUCGAUUUCGUUCCAAGAACCUACGUAUUGCCGCGUGAUCUCAGCUGUUUUCGCCAAGUGUGGAAGAAAUUGGGCAGCAAGGAGAAAUGGAUCGUAAAACCACCGGCGUCCGCCAGAGGCACGGGAAUAAAAGUGGUGAACCGCUGGUCGCAGAUCCCGAGGAAGCGCGCGGUAAUCGUGCAACACUACUUGUCCAGACCAAAGCUCAUCAGUGGGAUGAAGUUCGACCUGCGUCUCUACGUUCUGGUCACGAGCUUCAACCCAUUGAAGAUCUACAUCUAUCCGGACGGGCUGGUCCGGUUCGCCUCCGUCAAAUACAGCGACGACAUAAGCUACCUCAACAACCGCUUCAUGCAUCUGACCAAUUACAGUAUCAACAAAAACAACUCUACGUACACUGACAAGUGGGCACUUAAGACGCUUUGGUCUUAUCUAGAGCAGGAACACGUAAACGUUUCCAUGUUAUGGGCCAGUAUGAAGGACAUCGUCGUGAAGACGAUGAUAGCUGGUGAAUCGAAUAUCACAUCUCUGACGAGGAUUAACACAUCGUCUCGGUACUGUUGCUACGAGCUAUUUGGAUUUGAUAUUCUUUUGGACGAGAACUUGAAGCCUUGGUUGCUAGAAGUGAACAUCUCGCCCUCGUUGAAGUCUUCCUCGGGAUUAGACAGCGCUAUCAAAGGACCAUUGAUCCAGGCUGUGCUCAACAUAGUUGGCUAUCAAUUACCAAACUCUUUACCGGCUAAAGAAGUCAAGAAACUAGCAGAGAAAUAUCAGUUAGACAUAGUGUGCCAAGAUUACAGGCUAUAUAAAACCACGUUGAGUUACGACGAACGUGUUAAACAGUCUGUUUAUUCGAAUCUGAGGAAUCGAGAGGAAUAUUUGGAAUCUAUAAUCAAAACUUUGACUCCGGAUGAUGUUAGGCAGCUGAUCGUGUACGAGGACGAGCUAACGCAGUUGAAUACGUUUGAACAAAUUUUUCCAACGGCUACUAGCUACAAGUACCUGCAGUACUUUGACGUUCCAAGGUACUAUAACCUGCUGUUCGAUGCGUGGGAGACUAAAUACGCGGAAAAUAGGUCAGAAGGGAUAAUGAGAUUACAGAAACUCUGCCAGCAGAAAUAUCAUUUGGAGCAGGCAUCCGUCUGUUAGGUGACUAUGUUUAUACUCCAGCGGCCUAAACUGAUGCUGUUCUCGUCGCGACCGCGUUGACGAAACCGUCGCGAUGAAUCAGAAAAGCAAAAAGGGGAGGAAAAGAAAAUGGAAAAAUGCCGGAGCCCUUUCUCUUUCUUUUUUAUAUAUACAUAUAUAUCUAUAUACAUGUAUACUGUAUCGCCAUCUUGUUAUACGCGAAUGACCGAUCUAGGGACUAUAUGUUACAAAAUGUUCACGUUAUGUGCCUAUUUCACGGUUGUGCAAUUUUUUUUUAUGUACGAUAUUGUUUGGCUUAAUAAAUCAUUUUACAACGAUGAAAA